AUGGCCGAUACAAACCAAACCGAAACAAAGCCAGACGGUGCUGUCUUCGACGAUUAUUUUGAGAGCUUGGGCAAAAAGGCACAAAACCUUUCAGCCAACGACCAAAAAGAUAGUGACGCAACCAACAGCACAUUGGAGUCGGAUGAAGAACAGAGAGUAGUGGAUGAAAUCGAGUCAUUAUGUAUGAACUGCCAUGAAAAUGGAAUCACCCGAUUACUCCUCACACGAAUUCCUUACUUCCGCGAAAUUAUCCUCAUGUCCUUUUUCUGUCCCCAUUGCAACUUCAAAAACUCCGAGAUCCAAUCUGCUGGAGAGAUUCAACAGAAAGGAUCAAGAUUUGAAUUGCGCCUCACCACUCUCGAAGACUUCGCCAGACAAGUAGUAAAAUCUGAUACUUGUACUGUAAAAUUCAUCGAGUUGGAUCUUGAAGUUCCAGAAGGGCGAGGACAGUUGACCAAUGUAGAAGGCCUUUUGAGCAUGAUUCUUGAUGAUCUUGCUCUCAAACAACCAGAAAGAAAGGAGCAAAUCCCAGAAGUUUACGAAAAGAUCGAAGAUGUUAUCACUAGAGGCCGAAAGAUGCUUGCAGGCGAGGCCUUCCCCUUCAGACUAUCUCUUGAUGAUCCAGCAGGAAAUUCAUGGAUUGAACCAGACCAAAAGGAUGGUGUAGGAAAGCUCGCCAAGGUUCAAUACCCAAGAACUCCAGAACAAAAUGAAGCUCUUGGUCUCAGUGGUGAACAAGCUACUGAAGCCACAACUGGAGGACAACCUACCGCCGCAAGUUUCGAAGACGAUGAUAUUAUCCCCAAUGAAGUUUAUUCUUUCCCAGCUACCUGUCCUGGAUGCACAAGACAUUGUGUCACACACAUGAAGAUGGUUGAAAUCCCACAUUUCAAACAAGUCGUCAUCAUGAGCACCGUAUGUGAACAUUGCGGAUAUCGUUCGAAUGAGGUCAAGACUGGAGGUGAGGUUCCAGAGAAGGGUAAAUGCAUCACUCUCAAGGUAGAGAGUGCCGUAGAUCUAGCCAGAGAUAUCCUCAAGUCAGAGUCAUGCGCAUUGGAAUGCCCUGAACUCAAACUCUCGGUCAACCCUGGAACUCUCGGAGGAAGAUUCACCACCGUUGAAGGUUUACUCACACAAGUUCGAGAUGAUUUACAUCAACAAAUCUUCGAUGUUGGUGAUGCCGGAGAAGGUGGAGAUGGCAUGGAAUCAGAAUCUAAGAAGAACUGGAAGAUAUUCUUUGAUGGUAUUGACGAGGCCAUCAAAGGCGAAAGAAAAUUUACCAUUAUCCUCAGAGAUCCGCUAGCUAGUAGUUACGUACAGAAUUUGUAUCUGCCAGAUGACGAUCCAUCGAUCAAGACUGAAGAAUAUGAGAGAACAGAGGAGGAGGAGGAAGAUCUAGGUCUGUCUGACAUGAAGACCGAAGGCUAUGUAGAUGAAGUUGGAGACGAGAAGAGGAGAGUGGAGGCUGAGAAAGCUGCGGUGGAAGAGAAGAAGGAUUAA